AUGAAAUUAGGAUAUAAUGAAAUAAUGAUAACAUCAAUGUAUUUUAACGACAUUAAAGAUUUUAUUAAUUUAGAAAUAGGAAUUAAAAGAUUUCAAGGAAAUAUUGAACGAUUUCAUUUUAAUCCACUUCCAUUAAAUAAAUAUUCAAGAAAAUUGUUUCCUAAUAUUGAAACAUUUCAUAUUUAUAAUAAAUAUGAUGAAAUAUUUAAUGAUGGAAAAAUAUUUAAAUAUGUAAUAUGGUAUAAAGUAAGUUAUUCAACAUAUUUACAAGAGAAAGAACAAGGAAAUAUCUGUAAAAAUAUAGAAUAUACAAAAGAAGAUAGAAAAUCAUAUGGAAAUACAAUACCAUCAGAAGUUAAAUCACUUGGAUAUGAAUGUUUUUAUAAUUGUCGUUUAUUAACAACAAUUAAUAUACCAUCAUCAAUUAGUAAAAUAGGAUGGCAUUGUUUUUAUAUAUGUUCAUCAUUAAAAUCAAUUAAUAUUCCAUC